UUUGGAAUAUGACUUUUUUCUAUAUCAACUAAUUAGUUCUCCAUCUAAUUUAAAAACUUAAGUAUUUUAAUUAAUUAUUUAUUUUGACUUAAUAAGGUUUUAAUUUAUUUUUUUAUUGUGAUUUGUAAAUUCUUAUAUUCUUUAAUACUUGGACCUUAAAUACUUUCUAAAUUCUCGUUUACCUUUAUUAAUACUUGGAGUUUUCCUUACAUUAUUUUUUUCUAAUAUUACCCACAUUUAUUUGUAAAGCUUGAACUUAGUUUAUAUACAGAAUCCACUUCUUUAAAAUAAUCUCUCAUGCUUUUUUCUAUUGAGGAUAUUAUUAUUUUCUAAAAGAAAUUUUUAUUUAAUAAAUUAAAAUUAUUAAUCAUAUAUUGCUUAUAUUAUUAAAAAUGUUAUUCACAUUAAAAAUCGGAAAUUCCUUUUGACAUUUUUUCAUUUAUUUUUUAUUCUAUUAUAUAUUCCAUAUUAUCUAUUAAUCUUUUGCAUUUAUUCAUUAAUGGUUCCAUAUAUUAAUCAAAUAAAAUUUCAAGUAAUUACAGAAAGUACUCUUUUUAGCAAAAUAUUUAGUUCUUUUCUAUAUAUGCUUUAUUAAAUUUAUCAAAAUCAAAAUUUAGUUAUUGUGGAAUUAUUUAUUGUUCAUCCUUUUGUAAUUAAUCUGUCUGUUCAUUAUUAUUUAUAGUAAAUUAUAUAUUUUCGAAUUUUUAUUGUAAAUUAAAUAAUUGUUAUUCGAUAGUUUUAGUUUCUUGCUUUUGAUAAAAAUCGUUAUUGUUAGACAUGUAUAGUUAAAUAUAAUCUUAUUAUGGUAGAAAUUCUUAAUUUUUUACUAUUAAUUUCUUCUUUUUUUUUAAUAUUGGAAGGUUUUAUUAAACGAU